CUACGGAUAGUCCUCCAGUUCUCUUAGCAGUCUUCGAGUUACUUACGCAAUGGCAGCCCUCCACCUCUAUCUGGACCUCAUGUCCCAACCCUGCAGAUCUGUCUACAUCUUCGCCAGGGCUAAUAACAUCGCAUUCCAGUACGAAGCUGUGCGUCUCUUUAAAGGAGAACAUAUUACAGACGAAUUCAAGAACGUGAAUGCAUUCCGCAAAGUGCCAGCUCUGAAAGAUGGAGAGUUCACACUGUCUGAGAGCACUGCAAUAAUACUUUACUUGGCACGUAAAUUCAAUACACCUGAUCACUGGUACCCAUCAGACCUGCAAAAGCGUGCCCGUGUGGAUGAAUACCUUGCCUGGCAGCACACAAAUACACGUCCUCAUGGAUCCAAGAUCUUCUGGGGCAAACACAUGGCCAAAGUCCUCACUGGAGAGGAACUCUGCCCUGAAAAACUAAAUCCUCUCCUGGUACAGUUCUCUAACAUCCUGACUGACUUGGAGAAGGUAUUCCUGCAGGAUACACCCUUCCUGGUUGGUAAUGAGAUUUCCAUAGCUGAUUUGGUGGCCAUUGUGGAGCUAAUGCAGGCAGUUGCAGCUGGACUAAACUUCUUUGACGACAGACCCAAGCUGGAUGCCUGGAAGCAGAGAGUGGUGGCAGCAGUUGGGGAAGAACUGUUUAAUGAAGCCCACAAAGAAAUCCUCAGUGUCCAGGAGCACAGCAAGGAUUCUAUUCCACCACAACUCCUAGAAGGACUGAAAGAAAAGUUAGAGCUGAUAACCAAAUGAUGUGCAUAACGUACAGACUAGCUGUUCCAAUGCAACUCUCAGAUUUUGUGUAUUCUAGUUCUGCAACUG